UCGGCAUUUGCCUGUAGACGCGUGCGGUGGUUUGUCCGUAAAGCAGUCGAGUCGUGAACUGCACAUUGAAAAUGGCGUAGUAAGGUGGUAUAAUGCGUAACCCGUACCAUGUAAACGUAUCGCGAUAAGUUUUAAUCAGUGUCCAGGCGUUUGCUAUUUAACUUUCCGAGCAUUCGUAACGAUACCGUCCAACCGAGAGCAUUGUGGUUAAUUCGAUUGAUCAUUUUUACUUAUAGCAACGUGAAAAGUGUGUUUGUGUGUUGGUGACUCGUACUGUGAUUUGACAACGGAUGUGUUCGCGUUCACCGUAACGUUACAUGGCUCAAAGGAAGCGCACAAGCAUCCGCGACGUAAACGUGAUACGAUCUACGAGUGAAAAAUCCAAGGAUGGCACUCGUGCUCGCGAGAAGGCGAGAAUCUUUCCUCGUGACAGCUUGACGACCUCGACUCCAGACGAGUCCAAGAUGGCGCCACCGGCAUUUUGACACUUGCCCAAGAUCCGUCAGCUGGAUUUUACAACCACCCCGAUCCUCGUCUAUUAUGAGCAGAGAAUUCGUGGUUUCCUGUGCACCUUACACUUAUCAGGUAAGGCAGUACCACCUUAGACAGUCUCAUGAAUUAUGUGGCAGCGCCGUUGGCUCGACGGAAGGCGUCGUCGGUAGCGUUGGCGGUAGCUGCAGCGGUGGUAACAGCAGUAGCGGCGGUGACAUGGAUUGCAUGCCUCUGCGUCCAGGGCCGUUUCACUACUUGAUAAGCGAGCAGGCGAAGUCCUUGGUGGCCCUCCAGGAGCUGCAGAAUGAGGUCGGCGCCCUACUCGAAUUCCGGGACCUCGUCAUCGAGACGUUCCCAAACCUCCGGCACAAGAUGGCCGCGACGGCGUCAGCGGGAGCGUCCGUGAUGUCGUCCACCUGCGCCCAGAACUCCCACAUCCCGUUGCCGCUCUCCAGUCCAUCGUCGAGGAGGAUCAACGAGUGGGAGCCUGGAAAGGUCAGACGCCGUGUGCCCCGCGAAGGUGGCGAGUCCUCGUCGUCCUCUUUGCCCAGGAGUCGCAGUAACUCGCACAGCGGCGGUACCAAGAACAACCACAGCGCCACGGUUCAGGAUUCUGGCUUCAGCACGGAGACGUCCUCGAAGGACAGCGCCUCGACGGCGAUAGCACCUAGGCCGAGCAGUCCUCGGCCUGCCGUCCUGGACGAGGCCGAGGACGAGCUGUGGAACCUCCUAGAUGUGAUCCAUCGCAAGGGGAUCAGGCUCAGAGAGGAGGUGGAGUGUCUUCAGGGUCGAUUGGAGAGCGUGGCGCCCGAGGAUCUAGCGUCGACGGACAUCCUAGACGCUGUUAGGGAGGUUACGUGUUUGAACGGUGAAAGGACUACGAUAACGAUAGAGGACGGGAAGGAUGAGAAGGAGAGAGAUUCUCAAGUGAUCGCGCUUAGAAGAGAGAAGGAGCAGCUUCUCGAUAAGGUGGCCGAACUCGAGGCUGAGACUAUAUCGAGUCGAGCUAGGGCGCAAGAGCUCCAAUCGGAGCUUGCCGCGCUCUCUGCGUUGAAGACGGGCCUGGAGGAUAGAUUGAGGGCAGGACUGAACGAAACUUCCUCGGAUAUCCUCGCACCAGGCGCCCAGCGGCUGCAACCGAUCGCACCCGCGUUGCCAGUCGUUUCCUCGCCGAAGAGCAACAGCGUUAGUAACAUUAAGAGCAAGUCUUCGGCGUUCGCGUCGGUGGCGACGUCCGCGAAGGCUCACAAGAACCGUUUUCGGACGAGGACCAUCGAGAAGAACGUUCUGUUGGACGUCACCGCCCAUAACGAGGAGUUGCGCGACAUCGACAUCGAGGCCAGCGUCAACGAGAGAAGAGCAAGGUUGGGUGCGUUGGAUUCCGUCCUCGUGUCGCCCAUGAGGAUCGGCCACGUCAAGGACGUCGAUUCAAACAAGAUCGCUGCCAUUCUCCGCGAAAACUCUCCUCUCGAGCUCCAGCGGCAUCUGAUCACCAGUACCGUCCACAACGAUGUCCUACAAAAGAGGUUAGACGAAGUACAGAAAAGCACGGAAACUCUCUCUGAACGGCUGGAUAAAGUGUGCGAGGAGAAUGACGACCUACGUUUCCAGCUGGAGGAGAGAAAUAUCCAGUUGGAGGGUACGCGGGCCCGCGUUCGGGUGCUCGAGAAGCUCCAGCAGCGGACUCCGACGGAAACGGAUCCAGAUAUGGACGGUGACCAGCCUAGAUGCGAGCAGAUCGGUCUCGAGCCUGGGAGCAGCACGGAGUCGGCCCGCGACCAUCACCAAACCGUCGAGGUGAAACCGUCGCCUCGGCGCCGUCCUAGUCGUAUACCCUUGCUCGGUGCCACGGCGAAGGCAACCGCUCCCAGACCGCCUAGCCACGGAAGGAACGAUAGCAGAGAAUCGUUGAAGUCGUUGACGAGACCUCCGCGCGAUUCUAGUCGCGACAGUCACGGUGGCAAGUCUCUGUCCAAGGCUCGCGACUCCGCGCGAGACUCGCUCGGGAACAAAAGCCUGACGAAGAACGGUAGCAACAGCAACAUCGGGGCCGGCAAUAACAACGGGAACGGAAACAGCAAGGAGACGAACAGGGAGUCCCUGAACAGGUCCCUGCCGCGUAACAAUUCCAGCCGAGACUCCUUAAACAAAUCCUUCUCGCUGUCCCGCGCCCGUGACUCGCUGGAGUCUAACAACCUCGGCGCGUCCUCAUCCCCGGGGACGACUCCUCCUCGACGACCGCCCGCUCCUGCACGCCGUCCCCACAGCCAGGUCCGCGCGUCAACAUCCGUUGAUACAGAGAACAGCAAGAGCUGCACGGAACCGCCAAGUUCCUGGUGCUCGACGAACGGCAGCUUCCGACACAGCGACUCCUCUCUGUACCCGGACUCCUUGAACCAGGAGACCUCGUCCGUAACUGGCUCCACCAAAGUGGAAUUCAUCAUUGGUUCGCCUACCAGACGAUUCAGGCAAAGCUCCGUCUGGCCUCAUCGUUACUUCGACAGCAUAGACUCAGCCGCGAUGCUGCCAGAGAGUCUUUUGACCGACGAGUUCUCCCUUCGUCGUGGCGAGGCGCUCGCCGAGUGCGAUUCCCUCGAGUGUCAUCCGAUUUCGAAUGAUAGUUGAAUCGUCGAGCUUGCAUCGUUCUGGCAGGUGUAGUAAAGAAUCUUGGUACCUCGGUGGCCCGGUAAUCAUGCUAAGUGUUCACUUGAGAGUUUCGUUUUUAAUCCUCUGCGGUCCAGAUUUUCUGAUUCGAGCGCAGUUUCGUCGAGCCUCGUUCAACGUGGAACUGGAAAGGGUUAACAGUUGCUAUGACCGUCAAGUCUUUCGUGCCUUUAUCUAUGUACACCGAGUAUUUACUUUGUUUAAUGGAUAUCGGUCUGCUUUGUCAGAAAUAUAAUGAAAGGAAUAUAAUAUAGAUCAGUUUCACGACUAAUUUAUGUUUGGAUUGAAACGUGAUUAAAGGUAGACGUUUCAUUUAAUCUUGAAAAGGUAAACGUCCAGGUCAUAUUGUUACUGUAAAACAGAUGGGCACGUAAGCUAUUUCUAGCGAAUGCCUACCUCCACUGUUUGAAUAUUUAUGUUUGAAUGUAAUACUUGUCGGACACUUUUAAUUUUUCAUGAUAUGAUUAUUAGGAACAUUUUAUUUGCCAGAAAACAGACUUUUUGUCUUGGCAGCAGAACCAACUCUUCUUGUUAUCAAAAUUUCUAAUAAUUAUAUCCUGAAAAAUAAGGCUGACUGGCUUUAUCCGUAUGUUAGAGAGUCAUAAUUUUUUCAAACGACAAUAACUCGUUGCAAUAAAUAGAAGUCUCAAUUGCAAGGUUCUUUAUACGUAAUACUUCGAAUAUACUUUCACAAAUCCCAGUUAGUAAAGAUUAAUUAACACUGCAUACGGUAUACGAUAGAUAAUGAAUGUGUAACCAUUUAUUUACAUUCGCUAGGAUUACUUUACGAUAACUGUACCAUAUACUAUAGCUUAAAAAAAAAGAACACUAUAAAAUGCACUAAAGAAUUUUGCUGUCUAUAGUAAUUAAACUCUCAAGUGCACACAGCAGUGGAAAAGAAUACUCGAUACCCAAAGGUUAAAUGUAUUACAUACAUGCUUCGAACGUUCAAUAUCUCUGCACUGGAAAAUUGGAACAUACAGUUUUACGUUACUUAGUUUUCCGAACUUUACCAAUAGAAGAUAUUCUAGAUAUUGGUUAAUGCUUUGACCUUUGAGUGUUGAUUGAAAGUUCUUUUAAAUGGCCCGCGACAUCCGUUUUUGUUCCAUGAACUUUUGUUUUCUCCAUUUCCUGUACCAACUCUCGUGACCUACUAGAAACGCUCGAUAAAAAAUUGAUUUCUAGCCCUUUAUAACCCAGGUGACAUUUAGUUUCUGAAAACACGUUAUAAAAGUUCUAAAUAAUGAUAACGGGAUAUACAUUGAAAAGUAACUUUCAAUAAACGUAACUAUGCUCAUCGUAAUGUAAGGAAGUGUAACUAAUAAUUAUAAAUUGAUUGUUAUCAAUACUGUUGCUUUGAAAUCACAAUUAAUGACAGAAUUAAAUUAGAAUUUGAAGUUAUAGAUCAUAGUUACGUGGCUUCAGGAACACUGGGUUAUAGAGAAUUAAAUCGUAUAUAGAAAUUCGAACGCUGUCCUGAAAAAUAAAAUGCAUGUAAGUAUACGCUUUUUUUUUUAAUCAGUUGACACAAUAUCAUGGAGAACAGGAAUAUUACUCAAAUCAAUUAAAUGACAAGUAGAUUGAGGAAAAAAAAGAAACAAGAAGUAAGAAAUACAAGGCAAGCAUGAAAGUUUGCACUGUAGAUUCUUUCCAUCCUUCUAUUUCGCAAAAACGAUAUAAUAAUAUUCAGGCUUCGAGAAACUGAUGUCAGGGAUUAAUAAUUAUAAAUCGAAGGUACCAAGGUUCUUUUACGAAAAGGGAAAUCGACGAUCGUAGAGAAUGUAUGUGAGAGUUAUUUUUACAGUAAUUUAUCUUUAAUCAUUCUUUCACUUUCAUUUAUCACUUCAACUGCAUUUUCGUCGUGCAGAUUUAUUGCGCGGAAAUAUAUCAAUCAGAUUUUAAUUCAUAUACCUUGCGCUCUGUGGAAUUGUGUCAUAUUAUGCACUGUCAUAUUCGUCAACUGACAGCAAGAAAUUAAUUGCUGUCAAGUUUCAAUAACUGAAGAUGCGUUUGCACGCAGAAAUUGAAAAUUCCACUUGGUACACCGACGUGUGUUCAUUUUCUGUGUCGAACGAGAGACGUAAGAUGCAUAAGAUUCAUACAAAUUUUGUUGUUUUUCUUGUCGAAGUGCUAGUUUUUUAACCCUUUGACCAACGCGUGAAAUUUUAAUAAAACGACGAAAAACAAAUUGUAACAAUUUGCGUAACUUAUCUUUCUUUAUUUUUAUUUAUUUUUUUUAUUUUGUGUGACGAACGCGAACACUUCCUGCAAAUGAUGAAUUGUUUAAGCUUAUCUGAGCCCAACAAUCAUCAUACAUUGUACUCGAGAUGUAUCAAGUACGAAGUAUUUUGACGUUCGAAAACAAUAUAGCUUUGGUAUAUUUCAGUCAUUUAUAAAUCCCCAAUUAUAUACAAAAUUUUAUACUAUUUCUUUAUUAAUUUUGGAUGCAAGUGAAACAAUCAAUUUCAUUUACAACUUUGUAUGUGGUUAUUCCUCGGAGUUGUGCGAUUUUUUUUGUAUUUAUUCCUGUAAACUUUCAUUUAAGUGAUCUGAUAGAUUUUUCUCUGAGAAAUAAUUCGAAUUCCAUAGUAUAUACAGUAUCUGAAUUAUAAGUUAGGGAAAAUUAUCCUUUCACGACACACUCUACUUGCUUAUAAAAUUUUUUAGCCCAGGAAGUAUUCGCUGAACUCUGAUCAUGUUUACUAAAAAAAUUUAGAAACUUUUUUUGAAAAGUAUCCCUAGUGUUUUUCGAAUUGACCACGUCGAUCAAUUUUUACAAUUUGAUGAAAAAUACAUUUUUUCACGUCAUACGAUUAACCUAUAUAGCAUUUAUUAACAUAUAAUUGUAGAACCAACUUCAAGGAUGAGUUUGUUCGACAAACUUUCGAUUACUUGAUACACGUUCGGUAAACAAUAUUUGUUUCUUAUUUCCAAUCGACUGUCAAUGAACUUUUUGAAGUGUACAUUUUCCGUGCAUUUUACAUUUGUAUCUUUAUAUCUUAAGACUGUACCUAUCCACUGAUACAAAAAUUGUCAUCGUCGAACUUUCGUCGUGUAGAUUUGUAAACGACGCAAUGAAACUCUUUUUACCAUUUAUAUCGAUUAAGCUACUUCUAUUAAUCUUUUCGCGAUAAUGUUACCUUCGACAAUUAUUUCUUUUCUAAUCGAAGGAGUAAAGUAUCUUACAUAGGUUCUCAGAUAUUUAAGCUGCAAUAUAUUUAGAUGAAUUUUUUCGUUUAUAUUUUAUUGAUGAAAUAUUUGCAAUUUUUUUCUCCUAUAGUAUUGAACUCGAAGAGUUUUUAUUUAUUAUGUUUAUUGUUGAAUGAAGAAUAGAAACUUUUAAUUUGAAAUCUGUGUAUAAUAAGCUAAAUUGUGCAAUUUAACGCAUGUGAAUGUAAACUUUCUAUUCACUUACAAUAUAGAUAAGAGGAAACUUAUUUACAUUUAAUGUAAGUCUUUCAGCAAUCUUUUUAAAAAUAGUGCAUUAUGUACGAAAUAGAAAAUGGAAAGUUUAAUUCACAAAUUGUUCAAUUGGUUGAAAAGGGAAAAAAAUAUUUUCUUUCUACAAAUAUUUAUGAAUGUCUACAAUUCAAAUUUUAUUCAUUUAUUUCGUUAAUUCGACUUGAGUUACUUUAAACAAAACCUAAAUUACAAUCGUGGUUCGGAUUAUGGGGAGCAAGAGAAAUCAUUGUUGAAGAAGUUUAAACAAAAAUCAUUAUUGUCAUAAUGCUCGUCACAUUGAAAAUAUGCAGCAUUGUUAUUGCUCUACUUGUUUUUUUAUUUUACAAUUUAUCAGAAUGAUACGUCACACGCGAAAAGGUUGAUAAGAAUCAGCGUCGGAUGAUAUUACGACAAGCACAUUCCAUGCUGCGUAUUCAAAGAACCACAUUCUCGUAUUCCAUGUAGCAUUUGUACCUUUCGUUUGAACUUGCGUUUGUAAUUAAUAUAAUUUAUUUAUUGUGUGCGUGUGAAAUGUGGGACUGUCGUCGAACGUUUGAAACCGAACAUUGGUCGAAUAUUCGUCGAGAGAAUGUCAUUUUCCUUGAGACUUUAUCUACAGGUAACGAAAAAGUGACGUGAUCGUGCGAGAAUGAACAAAGCACAGAAAAAAAAAAAGAAGGUUGUUCGAAUUGUACGUGUAGAUUGUCUAGAAGCUUUUUUAGAAUCACACAUAUCACGCGUGGCGACAUCAAAGUCUAUUGCCAUCUCUGACAAUAUGCUCGCUCACCAUGCGAAAAUACGAAACAUUAGACAUCUACAAAUCUUGGAAUUUUAAACGAGCGCUUUCUUAACACUUUAACUACCUGCCUAUUUAGAAACAGUUUACAAAUUAGAAGAGGAUUUUCUACACUAGCAUAUAACAAUCCAGGAUGAUAUUAAUAUCUACAUACUGUUACCAGAUGUAUCAAAAGCCUUGUCUGUUUUCUUAAAUUGAGAAUUCUAUAUAGACAACCAACAACACAGUAGGUAGAUACUGGAAUCAAUAAGUCUUUAAAUUGGCUCAUGGUAGAUAAAGUGUUAAUCAAAUCGGAGCAAGAAUCGUAAUCUGCAAAAAUGCUCAUUAUUGUGGGGAUUGUUCAAAGUAUUCGAAACGUUCCAAAAUAAAGCUCUUCGUUUCGUAAAUUUUUCUAAAAAAGUGUGCAGUUGACGAAGUAUUAGAUAUUUGAAAAAAUAUUACUAUAAAAAUGCAAUAUUUAAAUUUGGUUUCUAAUUGCUUUAAUUUCCUAACGUCAAGUCUCGAUAAAGAAAACACCAGGUCUUUGACUUUAAUGAAGAAUUUUAGAGAAUUCUACAAAACUGUUCACAUAAUUACUUAAUAUCCACGUAGAUUCACAAGUCCUAACCAUCGAAAGCAAAUUGUGAAAUUAUUUCAGUGUAAAGGCUUUUUCUAGAUUACUGAGAUUAAUUCAGCAGUGGAAAGGUUAAAAUUUCUCCGAGCUUUUCGAAUCCUUGGAAGAUCCCAACUGUUAACGAUUGGAGUGCCGUCUUAACGUAUGGGACCCCUGCAAAUUAAGGGGGCCCGCGCCGAUGCACGUGGAACCCAUUUGUGGCACUAUUAUAAUUAUGAAAAUGAUAAAUAUCAAUUUAGACGUGGCCGUCAACUUUUUUUUUGUUUAUGAUAUCUAAACAAACCGAGGUGUCCAUUGUGGACUGAUUUGGCUAGGGUCUCAUGAUGCUGUUGAGACGGCUCUGUUAGAAUGGUACACGUGCUUAACCGAAUGACAUGAACGGAGAAAGACGUUGAAAACAGCGAGCAUCGUUCUUUUUUUUUUUUAUAAUAAAUAUAUUCGUUAGUGCACACCAGGUUGCGGGUUCACAAGAUUCCAUUAGUCGGAACGUAAAACUUACGGUGGCUCGACGAAACUACUACGUACCACACAGUUCCUUGCUUCAACCAAUUUCGUUAUUUAUAUAAAAAGUGUGAGGUAAAAGAGGGCGACUAUCGCGAAACCAUCGAGCGUACGUUUAAUCACAGAGCUGAACCUGUGAUCCUAGUUGUAUAAAUAUUACUGCGCGAAACUAUGUGAUUAACUUAGCUGAACUGAUAGGACUGACGGACUUUACUUAUUAUUUUAGUGCCUAAUUAACGCGAACAGAAACCAAAACCGAAGCCGUUCGACUCGUGAUGGUUUUUUGAUCCUUCUUAGCCGCCGCCGCCGCCGCCCGCCGCCGACGUCUUUUGUUGUCGCGUUUUAACGAACGAUCGUGAAAAUAAAAAGAAACGCGACCGGGGAGGAGAAAGACAGAAAAAAAAAAGGAGAAACAAUAAUGCUCAGAUACUAAUUAAUUGUUCGUGGGCGCGCAGCCGGCGGACUUCCGUGUGCCGACUGAAGGCUAUUAUUUUUAUACCUUAAUUAACGACUGUGAGAACGAAAGCGAAAGAGGAGUGUUGACCGGACUGCGCCGACGUUAGCAGCUUCCUUUUUCUCGAUGAUAGUUGUUUUUAUCGUCGUUGUAUUAUACUUGAUCCUAGCUUACUCGUUAGUCGGCCCGCGAGCCAUCACGCUCGGGUCUCGUUUGACUAUUGUUUUAUUACCGACAACACCGUCAUCAUUUCUAUAUGUAUAUACGUACGGCAUCGUGAAUUAUUUAAAGUUAGAAUAAUGUACAGAAAAUCUGUGUAACGAUAUCUGCGAUAAUGUGAUUCGAUUAAUAAAUACGAUAUUACGUAGA